AUGGAAAAUCACCAAGGCCCUGAGCUGCAGGAAUUAAAAAGGCGGCUACGAACGUGCAAAUUGGGUGCCUCAGGUGUUAGUAUCGCCUGGUCAUGCCUCACUCGCUCCUCCAUUCUCGACAAGGCCAAACCUUGGGUCGAGGACGAUGACUGCACGUCGUUUGACAACUUUUUGCCCGCGAGCCUCCUGAGCGCCAACUCGCCGAGCGGCCACUACAACACCGCGUACCACUUUGCCAGCAUACUAGGCGUUCUGGGCCGACGAAAUACUUCCACGAGGGCUUUUCGCAACAAGGACGGCUCUAUUGACGAGCGCCCCUUGACGCUGCUCGCGUAUAACUCUGGUGAUGUUCUCCCGCUACCGAAACACGAAUGCGACGGGCCACAUGCCGCCUAUACUGCCAAAUCACUUUCCGCGGUGUUGCUAAACGGGAUUCUUUGCUGCUGCGUGCGUGCGAAUGCUGGCUCUGAUGUCCCGGCAUCUGAGCCACCUACACAUCGGCCCCCCCAGCGUCCCCCGUCUGCUUCCAUCCUGCACGUCCUGGUCAACGUGCCGCUUCUCUACACCGUGGACAGAGACACCGAGCCUAGAUUACCUCGACCCUAA